AGAAAAGUUGUCAGAGUAUUUUUAUAACAAUAGAGGCAGCUCUGUACAUUCACUUUGCAGUGGUUCUAGUGGAGAAGAAGUAAGAACGACGAAGACAGCGGAGGCGGCGGCGACGACGGCGACUUCUUCUUCAGACAGGAAACCAGGGUAGUUCAGUCAUUUCACUUUUUCGUUGAGAUUUGGAAUCGGGCGAUGUUAAACAUGGCAGAGAUGAUGAGGACAAAGAAGCAGUCACACUGUUGGUGGUUUGACAGCCACAACAGCCCGAGAAGAUCUCCAUGGCUUCAAUCUACGCUUGCAGAGCUGGAUGAAAAAACGAAGGCAAUGCUGAAAAUAAUUGAGGAGGAUGCGGAUUCCUUUGGUCGACGUGCUGAGAUGUAUUACAAGAAGCGACCAGAGCUGAUAAACAUGGUUGAGGAUUUCUAUCGUGCUCAUCGCUCAUUAGCAGAACGAUAUGAUCAAGUUAGAUCAGACCCUGGAGCUCGGCUUGGACCAACACUGAGUUCCCCAUUUUUACCCAACAAAUAUCAACAACCAGAGAAGCCAACAAGCCCUAUAGAUCAGUCCUGCGAUAAACCCACUACAAUUAUGGGGUCUCCAUUCUCCUUCAACAAAUUUCGACAAGAAAAGUUGCCCAUGAGGAAAUUGUAUGAUAGUGGCUCUGAAACCUUUGACUCUGAAGAGUCUGGUGAGUCUGAAGUUGAUGAUCCUGAGCAAGAGGAUGACACCCAACUUGACGAAGAACUGGGGGAAGAGGAGGAAGUUUCAAGCGGCAUCAGCAAUGUUGAAGUAAUGAAGUUGAGGGAAGAAAUAGAGAGACUCAAAGAAGAGAACAAGAUUCAGAAGGAUCAACUAAUGCAGAAGGAUGAAGAGAAGAGGGAGGUAAUAAGACAACUCAGUUUAGCUGUUCAAGUGCUCAAGGAAGAGAAUGUCAGCCUGAGGAAAUCUGCUACGAAAGCCUCCCCCAAGAAAUGGAGCCCCAUUGAAUUAAACAAACUAAAGGCAUCAUUUCUGGGGAAGCUGUUCAUCGGCCCUCGGCCUAGUGUAGUUGCACUCUAGACAGUGUUACAUUCCCAGCCAACUAGUCUGUAGAACAGUUCAUACGCAGAGGCUACAUGGGUAUUACCCUUAGAAUCAAAUAUUAAUGGCUAGCAUAUUCUUUUUGCCUUUUCCUCAUUCAUUGUUGUUAUUCUUUCUAGAUGAUGUGCAGUUCAGUUAUUCCAGUCUUAUGUGGUUUGAAAUUUAGUAAUUGUGAGUACUCCUUGUGUAGUUCAAUUCAAAUACAGUGCCAUUUCUCUUCA